UCCGCCACUGUACGUGGCUUUGUUGGGGGACGAGAGACAGAGACACUUCCCGCCCCCGUCUGAAUUUUUGCUUUCGGUUUUACGCCGAAGCCGCGCCGCGCGUCUGACUUGUUUGUUGUUCUUUUGUUCUUCGUUAGUUUUCUUCUGUCUUUAAGUGUUUUCGAGAUCAUGGGACAGACCGUAACUACCCCUCUGAGUUUAACCUUGCAGCACUGGGGAGAUGUCCAGCGCAUUGCAUCCAACCAGUCUGUGGAUGUCAGGAAGAGGCGCUGGAUUACCUUCUGUUCCGCUGAAUGGCCAACUUUCAAUGUGGGAUGGCCUCAGGAUGGUACUUUCAAUUUAAGUAUUAUCUCUCAGGUUAAGUCUAGAGUGUUUUGUCCUGGUCCCCACGGACACCCAGAUCAGGUCCCAUAUAUCGUCACCUGGGAGGCACUUGCCUAUGACCCCCCUCCGUGGGUCAAACCGUUUGUGUCUCCUAAACUUCCUCCCUUGCCGACAGCUCCCGUCCUCCCGCCCGGUCCUUCUGCGCAACCUCCGUCCCGAUCUGCCCUUUACCCUGCCCUUACCCCCUCUAUAAAGUCCAAACCUCCUAAGCCCCAGGUUCUCCCUGAUAGCGGCGGACCCCUCAUUGACCUUCUCACAGAGGACCCCCCGCCGUACAGAGCACAACCCUCCUCCUCUGCCAGGGAGAACGACGAAGAAGAGGCGGCCACCACCUCCGAGGUUUCCCCCCCUUCUCCCAUGGUGUCUCGACUGCGGGGAAGGAGAGACCCUCCCGCAGUGGACUCCACCACCUCCCAGGCAUUUCCACUCCGCAUGGGGGGAGAUGGCCAGCUUCAGUAUUGGCCGUUUUCCUCUUCGGAUUUAUACAAUUGGAAAAAUAAUAACCCUUCCUUUUCUGAAGAUCCAGCUCACUUACAGGCCCUCCAAGCAGUACAACGAGAGGUCUGGAAGCCACUGGCCGCUGCCUAUCAGGACCAGCUAGACCAGCCAGUGAUACCACACCCCUUCCGUGUCGGCGACACCGUGUGGGUACGCCGGCACCAGACUAAAAACUUGGAACCUCGCUGGAAAGGACCCUACACCGUCCUGCUGACCACCCCCACCGCUCUCAAAGUAGACGGCAUCGCUGCGUGGAUCCACGCCGCUCACAUAAAAGCGGCGACAACCCCUCCGGCCGGAACAGCAUCAGGACCGACAUGGAAGGUCCAGCGUUCUCAAAACCCCUUAAAGAUAAGAUUAACCCGUGGGGCCCCCUAAUAGUCCUGGGGAUCUUAAUAAGGGCAGGAGUAUCAGUACAACAUGACAGCCCUCAUCAGGUCUUCAAUGUUACUUAGAGAGUUACCAACUUAAUGACAGGACAAACAGCUAAUGCUACCUCCCUCCUGGGGACAAUGACCGAUGCCUUUCCUAAACUGUACUUUGACUUGUGCGAUUUAAUAGGGGACGACUGGGAUGAGACUGGACUCGGGUGUCGCACUCCCGGGGGAAGAAAAAGGGCAAGAACAUUUGACUUCUAUGUUUGCCCCGGGCAUACUGUACCAACAGGGUGUGGAGGGCCGAGAGAGGGCUACUGUGGCAAAUGGGGCUGUGAGACCACUGGACAGGCAUACUGGAAGCCAUCAUCAUCAUGGGACCUAAUUUCCCUUAAGCGAGGAAACACCCCUCGGAAUCAGGGCCCCUGUUAUGAUUCCUCAGCGGUCUCCAGUGACAUCAAGGGCGCCACACCGGGGGGUCGAUGCAAUCCCCUAGUCCUGGAAUUCACUGACGCGGGCAAAAAGGCCAGCUGGGAUGGCCCCAAAGUAUGGGGACUAAGACUGUACCGAUCCACAGGGACCGACCCGGUGACCCGGUUCUCUUUGACCCGCCAGGUCCUCAAUAUAGGGCCCCGCGUCCCCAUUGGGCCUAAUCCCGUGAUCACUGACCAGUUACCCCCCUCCCGACCCGUGCAGAUCAUGCUCCCCAGGCCUCCUCAGCCUCCUCCUCCAGGCGCAGCCUCUAUAGUCCCUGAGACUGCCCCACCUUCUCAACAACCUGGGACGGGAGACAGGCUGCUAAACCUGGUAGAUGGAGCCUACCAAGCUCUCAACCUCACCAGUCCUGACAAAACCCAAGAGUGCUGGUUGUGUCUGGUAGCGGGACCCCCCUACUACGAAGGGGUUGCCGUCCUAGGUACUUAUUCCAACCAUACCUCUGCCCCAGCUAACUGUUCCGUGGCCUCCCAACACAAGCUGACCCUGUCCAAAGUGACCGGACAGGGACUCUGCGUAGGAGCAGUUCCCAAAACCCAUCAGGCCCUGUGUAAUACCACCCAGAAGACGAGCGACGGGUCCUACUAUCUGGCUGCUCCCGCCGGGACCAUUUGGGCUUGCAACACCGGGCUCACUCCCUGCCUAUCUACCACUGUACUCGACCUCACCACCGAUUACUGUGUCCUGGUUGAGCUCUGGCCAAAGGUGACCUACCACUCCCCUGGUUAUGUUUAUGGCCAGUUUGAGA